AUGGAAGAUGUACCUGAUAUGGACGAUCUUCUGGAUGAAAUGGAAGCCGACUUGGUGCCGAAAAAUCGUCCAAAACCAACACCAACCGUUAGUGAGAAAUAUGUAAAGGUUCCAAAAGUUUUUCCGAACGAAAACUUAAAUCCAGAAAUGACGGGUGCGAUUACGUUAAACAUUAAAAAACCACCGCCCGCGUUCGUUCCACAACCGAUCAUUUCAAAAAUUCAUUUUGAAACGGAGAAGGAAGUUAAACCAGAGGAAAUCAAUCAUCCAGAAAAAUUGCCGGAAGUCCAAGAGGAGACUGAUAGCGAAUACAAGGAAGUUUUGGCAUACUUGAAUGGGUUUGAAGACCAAAAACCCAGCCCAAUUCCGGAAACAAUUCAAGAUUUGUCGCUUUUAAAUCACGGCGAGCAUAUAGAAAACAGUUUCGAAAUUGAGAUUGAAAAGGUUGCUGGAUCAAUUGCGAAACAAAUCCUUCAGGCGGUUCCUGAAGAAGUUGUUGAAAUUGUCAGAGAGAGAGAAGAUCUUCAUAAGGAAGUCAUCUGUAAACCGGUUAUUGAUAAACACUCGGAACCAGAAUUUGACAAUGACGAACCGAAAGAUCAAAUUGAAAUAUUUGAAGACGAGAAAACAACUCUAGCGGAGCCUGAAACGGAUGAUUUAAAUGAACAGAUUGAUGAAUCGAAACGAGAAGACGAUUUAGAAGUCACCGUUGUAGAGAAAUGCAGGGAAAUUGACGAAGGUGAUCUUGUUCCUGACCAAUCGGAAGCUGAUGUUGAGGAACCAGAAAAAAUAAAUUCAAAUGAAUCUGAAGAAGUUCACGAAACCGCGCAGCCCGAAUCGAACUCAGCGGAAGUUAAAGAAGAGGCGACUGAGGUGUCGCCGGCAAUUUCUUUAAACUCAUUAAUAACCGAAGAAAUGUGCGAACUUGAGCAGCCGCCAUACACAACACAAGUUAUUCAAUUUGAGAGUCAAGAUAAUUCUUCUAAUUUGUCAUACGAAUUGCACGAGGAAACAGAAGUUCAUAGGGAAGAUAAUCAGAAUGAAAGGCAACAACUUGAAAUUUCACUUCUUAAUUCUGGAAAUGAUAUGGAAGGUGUUAUGGAAGGAUUGGAAGUUGCUUCUUCUCCAGCUCAGGUUUCUAAUUCGAGCGACGUUCAAAUUGCAGUUGUUGAAAGUUUUGACGAGGAGGACGUGGAAAACAGGCCUCGUUUUGAUUCCAUCGCCACUGUUCAUGUGCUAAAUGAAUCGGAUUCGGAAGAUUCGGCAAAUGCUCAUGGAAGAGAGCGACGAUUGACGGAAAGUGAACUGCAACUUGGAAAGACGUGCCCGUAUUGGAUUCCGGACGCGGAUUGUCCGCUUUGUAUGCUGUGUAAUGCCAAAUUUACUAUAAUAACCCGCCGACAUCAUUGUCGAGCUUGCGGACGAGUUCUUUGCGGAUCGUGCUGUAAUGAGAAAGCGGUUUUGGAAUAUCUUUUGGAGCCCGGAAAAAAACCACAACCUGUUCGAGUUUGCAAACCGUGCUCCAAUAUGCUGACAAGAAUCCAAUCAUAUGAAGACGAGGAGCUUUCUAGAAGGCAGCAGAGUGUUCAAGGCGAGCCGAGCAAUGAGACUCGUGACGAUCACCAGCUGCCGCCGCAGCAGCCAGCGGUUCCAAAAGGUGUUCUGAAGACGCGACAAAAUUUACACAAUCAGGAUCAAGAUGCUUCGUCUUCCACGUCACCUCCGGAUGUAAAUAUCUCAAUUGGAUCGAGCAGUGGUGGCGUUGGAGAAGUCGCGUGUUCAAAUAGAAGGAGUGUUGUGUUUCGAGAUGGAGUUCGACCAGGCGCACCGAGCGAUGAAGCGGAAGCUGAGCAACGGGCGACAGCUUUGAAGCCGAAAAAGAAGCCAAGAAAACGGAGCGCCGUCGUUCGUCGAAUAGCCGAACUUCGAAUGGAAGAUGAAUUGGCGUGCGCAUUACCGAAUGAGAAACGAAAAUCUGUUCUUAUAAUGCGAUCCGAGGAUAAUUUAAUGGACUUGAUAAGCCCUGUGAAAGUUUGGGAAAAACUCAAAGAGUUCAACGCGGUCAAUUUCGUUCUUAAAAAGAAUUUGAUAUGUGUCGUGCAGGCUGUUAAAGUUAACGAAACAGAACAUGCGUUCGCUGUUUCGACGCGUGGAUUCGCCCAAAUUGGUCUUGAUGAGAUAUUUAUUGCAUGGACUAUGACCGAUGAGGAAAAGGCGAGAUUCUCGUCGAACGCCAAUGGUCCCCAGGAUGUCACCGAAGCGCUUUCAUUUCUACCACUCAACGUAUUACACCGAAUAUCUUAUAUGUACACAAAUUCAACGGAAAUGGAAUAUGCCGGAGUGAGAAUGGUCUCAACACGAUUUGCCAGAGUGAAUAGUGUUCCCGAAUCGACUCACCCACUUCCGCAGCAUAUUCUGAUGUUUAGACCAACCGUGCAGGAUUUUUCGAAGUUUGUCAUUCCUCCGAAUCCGUUUAUUGUGGCGUGCUUUUUACACAACGACGAGCUGCAAUGGGCCACCGCUUGCCCGUAUAGGCUGCUUAAUCGGCUAGGAUUGAAAUAUGGAUGCUUCCCAACGCCAAUUGUGAAUAAAAUUGGAAGACCGUCAAUGUACAGUUUGGAGACUUCUGGCACUGUGCUGAAGAUGUUCAACGACUUUCGAAAUUGGUCAUACCAGAUGAAAUAUAUACCUGGAUGCACUGCGAUGUUAACAAAUGAAUCGACGAUUAUUCGAAUACCGACAUCAUCGCUAACAGAGCUCAAAGAGGUCAUUCAGUAUAAUAGAACGAUGAUGGCUUGGGGAUGCGAAUAUUCUGCAAAACAUGAUAGCAUGCUGAUUUGCGAUCAAACGAACGACGGGACGUAUACGACGCAAGUGUUGGCGAGAUUUGAUGGACAACGAACUGCGACAGGCGCUUGCUUUGUGAUUCUUGAUGGCGGCUCAAAAGUGAAUUCGCUUCAAGUGUCGGUUAUCGAGGACGGUGUCGCUGUUCGUGUACAAACGGAUCGAUUGGAGACGAUUUUGGACGAAAUCCAACAAGGAAUUGACUGUGUGGAAACGACGAAAGGAAUGGAGUUUCGAAUAGAAUUCUAUUCCGAAUCUGACGAUGUGACCACUGCGUUUUCACCGAAAUCGCUUAUCGAUGGAAGAUGUUUAAUGAAUAAAUAUCAAUAUGGAUUGUCGUUGGAAAGAGCGUUGACUCAAGUCCUCCAAAUUCAAGGAAUUAAUCAUUAUGGGAUUCGACUAUCGCACGUUUUCAAUAUGAGAGACGGGCGAUUGUCGCCAGAAGAGGAGCCAAGAAUUUACGGAAUGACCGAAAUAGCGGCUAGAGAGUGUGUUUCGAUGUUGGAGCCGUAUUUGGCAUCGCUAAUUGCCUCCAACGUCAUGAGCGUUGCUAUUCGUCUUUUGGUGGCGAUUGAUCAAAUCGAGUACAGCGUUUCGCCAUGGAAUGGUCUCGAUGAGGAGAACAUGAUGUUCAAGCAGAGUUUGGAUCAGCUCAUCCCAUUGCUCUAUAAUAUGACGGACUAUGUGGCGAACGGGUUCGAGGUUGAGCUGGUGCUCUCGAUUGUGUCGACGAGAGCUCUUCCGAUCUAA